UUCAAAGACUCCUAAUCCUCUCCCUUGAAAGUUCCCACAAAAGAGCCAAAGGAGCUACAUCUUACAAUUGGCUCCUUCUCUCUCUAUUGAAUUCCUGCUAAACAUCACAUCUUUAUCUGUUGUCAAUAUUGCCUGUUACAACAGAUCCAGUACCGCCCACCACAACUAGCUUGUAACGGCAAUGCACUAACUAAUGAUCCAUGUUUGUACAUGAAGCAAGAGCUAUGCGUUCUUUUUCUUAGAAUUCAGCUUUUAAGGUGUCCCCUCUUGCUACCAACCACAUCCUUUGUUCAUACUACAAGAGUUUAGACUUUAAGAGGGAACGGUCUGGUCUAGCCUAAGUCUGACAUAUCUCAGAGGCUAUCAAACCCAAAAAAGAAACUGAAGAAACAGCCACAAUUGGCACGUCGUUCGUCAAAUGCCCCAGCUGUCUCACAGCCAGAGCCCCUUCCUUUGCUCAAAUAACAUGUUGUAGAUAUUCCAUUCGUUUGAUAAUUCUGCUUUGAUACCCGGUCCUCCCAAAUCCCAGCACUAGUGUACUAACAAUACAUUGAGGAUUGCUUCACGCACUCCACACAAUUCAACAUUUUUCUGCAAUUGUAUCACCAUCUGAAUCUUUAUUUGGUAUUUUCUCCUAGAUGCAAAUAGAGAUCAACUUUCACUAAAAGCUCAUCCUAUGCAGCAACAAGCACAAAUGAACUUAGCCCAAAGUAUCUAGGACGAUUGAUUCAAAACAGAAGGGUUUUUGUUUUGAAGCAAGAGUCGUUGUAACUCUACCAUCUUGAACCUUCUUUUCUUCCAGUCUUUUAAUUUCCUGAGCGCUUAUAUAUACCUAGUUAAUUACUACGAAUGUCAAAAACUUGAGCCAACAUCCGGAUACUUGUAGGGCUUUUUCUCAAUGGUAAGAGCCAGCAGCGCACGAUGUGUGAGUUAAACCUACGUCACAAAGUUAGAAAUGAGGACAACCUGGUAUUUAAGUGGAGAAGUAUAGAGAGGCGGGCCUAUUAUCCAUCGAGUUUUCAAACCGCACACCAACUGGUUCUCGGAAAUUUCAAGAUUAUAAAUAACAUCCAGGUACUUGCAGAAAAUAUCACUAAAUUGACACAAAACAGUAUAACCAAACAAUUCUUUAAUUUAAUGAAUCAAACACAGAGCAACACAUACCUCAUUAUAAUUGCAAACACUAGAGCCAUCACGACCACCGGACUCCUGAAAAUUCUUAAUAUCCCUCGAAACAUUAGGCAAGACAACAUCAUCAUAUAAACAAACAUCCCUUGUAUGCUCUUCAUCCAGGGGCGGACUUACAUUGGGUCAAGGGGAUUCAACUGAACCCACUUCACUCAAUGUUUUGACUUUUUAGAUGUAUUAAUUCAUUGAAAAACGUAUAUAUAAAUGAAAUGAACCCUCUUGCAACCGUGAAAGCGUAGCUAAGUUAGUUAGCGGGAUCAUUUAUAACGAAUAGAUCUGAGAUCGAGCCUCUGUAUAGUCGAAAUCUCUGUACUUUUUAGUUUAAAAAGUCACGAGUUGGCUAGCGGAUUCAUUUAUACAUGUACACCAUUAUAGUCCUGGACACCUAGUCCGAGGGAGUAGCAGGAGUAAAUAAUUUUAGUUCAAUUUUCCUUUCAGGUUUAUUAUUUGAGAAUUAUAUUGAAAUUGUUGAUAAUAAUUGAGAUUAUAUAUUUAUAGCUCUAAAAUAGUACUACUUGUUAUUGUACUUGGUUUAAAUUCUUUUGUAAUCUACAAAGGUGUGUAUUUUUUUCUUCUUCCUUGUUGUACAGGUUAGUGUGUUUUUAUUUAUUAUUUUACUAUAUAUUUUUAUUUUUUUUAUUGUUUUCCAAAAUUGCUACAUUUUUAUUGUUAUUUAUAGGAGUAAUACUUAACAAUUUAAUUGAAGAUAUGUGGAAAAUCUCAAUCUUAUAAAAACUUGAUAUAUGUUUUGUCUAAUUAUUUAUUCCUUUUUAAAUUGAACACCUCAAAAUGAUAUUCCUUUUUAAAUUACUUCUUCAUUUAUUUUAGAAUUAUAAAAUACCAGCUCAAAACAACUUUUUCAGGGGUAUUAUGGGAAUAAAAAAAAUAUGAUAAUUAUUAUUAUCGACGACUAUCGUGGUUCAUUGUAACUUGAAUCCGCUUGAAUAAAAUCCUGCAUCCGCGAUUGACUUCAUCAAUCUCUACAACCCACCCACCCCCUUGCAGUACAACAAUCUUGUAUCAUAAUUCACAUCAAAACCCUUUCCUAAUGCCUGCACUGCAUUUAUAGCUGUAUGCAAAGCUGCUACCCUUUCUUCCAUUACAUAAUCUAAGCUCAAAUUCAAUUUAAAUCAAAAAGGGUACUUCAAAAAGGUCCAAAAGUUGCCAAGAUUCAAUUUUUUCAGAUCAGAUAGCUAAAAUACCAAACCCCAAGCUGCUUUUUAUGAAAUAUUAUAUAAGAAAAAUCUCUUGGGGUUAUGAGUCAAUACAAGUAUAUGAGAUUCCUGGAGGUUUGACUGAGAGAAAGUAUGAAGAAAGAUUUACCCAAAAAUGGUGAAAAAAGUGCAGUUUGAGUGUAUGUACUCUUAGAUCUUGAAUCUACCAAAAGAGAAUUUUCAGAUUUGCUCAGUCUAAUGCCUCUCUUUUUUUCCUCUGUACCUAAACAUGCGUAACGACUCUAGGUAAACUUUUUUCACUUUAUUUACAGUGAUACAUUGUAUGUUUCAUUUUGUAUCUAACCAUUGCUUUGACUCUUCAUAUUUUUUACGGAGGCCAAAAUUACCCCUGAACUUUAAUUCAUACCCUUUGUUAUAUUUUAGGUCAAUUAUACCCUUAUAAUUAUACUAUGGGUCAAUUAUACUCUUAUGUCUAAUAGCUGUCACGUGACAUCAUCUCAGCCUUUCAAAAUUAUUUUUUCCUCAAAUAAUUUUUUACUCACUAAAAUAAUCCAAUCCGACCCGAUUUUUUUAAGCCAAACUGAUACGGACCCAACCCAUUACCCCUUGGCUGGAAAAAAAAUUCGGAUCGGAUUGGAUUAUUCUAGUGGGUAAAAAAUUAUUUGAAGGGAAAAUAAUUUUGAAGGGUUAGGAUAAUGCCACAUGGCAGUUGUUAGACAUAAGGUAUAAUUGAUCUCAUAGUAUAACGGUAAGGGUAUAAUUGACCCUAAAGUAUAACGAAGGGUAUGAAUGAAUUAUUUUUCGGAUAAUUUUGGCCCUUUUCCGUAUUUUUAUUAGUGUAUUUCUGUUUGGUUAUUAUUGGGAUAAAAUACACACGGGUUCUACCCCUUCCUUUUUUUUUUUUUAAUUUGAAAUUCAACCAUUUAAUACUGCUUAUAGAGUUUAAAAAAUGAAGCAUUGCAACUUGGAGAUUUUCCUUAGAGCAUUUGACUAAUAUCUUGUUUGGAGCUUCUAAAAUCAGCUUAUUUUGAAAAAAUAUUUUAAACUAAGUUAGUAUGAAGUAAUUUGUGUUUGGCGAAUUAAUUUAGAAAAUAUUUUAAAGCAAUAAUUAGUGUUUAGUUAAGCUUUUAAGGAGUGCUUUUAUUUGGCCAAGCUUAUUUUUGAAAAGUGACGUGUUUGGCUAAGUUUUUGAAAGAAUGAGUGCUUCUGACGAGUAGCAAAAAUAGUUUUUCAGAAGCUAAAAAAAUAAUUUUUCUCCAAAAACACUUUUUUGAAAAGCAUUUUUGAAAAAAUACAUUUAGAAGCACUUUUUAAAAGUUUGGCCAAACACUAAUUGUUGUUCAAAAGUGUUUUUUAAAUUAAUUAGGCAAACACAAACUGUUUUUUGCCAAAAAUACUUUUUUGAAAAUCACUAUUGAGAAUUUUUUUUUUCAUAAUAUGUUGAUUUUAAAAGCUUGGCCAAACAGACUAGCUAUUUUUCCAAAAGUGUUUUUCAAAAAAUAUUUUUGGAGAAAACAUAAUUUUUUCUAGCUUCUGAAAAAUAGUUUUCGCUACUUUCAAAAAUCACUUAUUUUCUCCUAAAAAUUUGACCAAACACUUCAUUUUUUUUAUAAAAAGAAAUAAGCACUUUUGUCUCCCAAAAGCUUGAUUAAGCAAACUAUAAGCUUAUAAACUGGUUAAUAAAUUGGUUUAUAAGCAAAUAUCAGAAAAAAAUAGUAACUUAUAGCAUGUUUAACCAAGUUUAUUUUUCCUCAAAAGUUUUUUUUUAAUAAGUGCUUAUUUAAAAAAAUGAGUGAGGUGUUUAGCCAAGCUAUGAGAGUAGGUUCAAAAUAGUCCCUUAAUUAUGCACUUAACGGUUUUGGUCCUUUAAGUUUGCCAUAAGUUGACAGUUUUAGUCUCGACAAAAUAUUUAUCGAACUCUAUUUGUUAGAUUUGACGAGAACUAUGAAAAAAAGGGAAAAAUUAGUGAGAACUCUAGAUCGGUCAAAUAACUCGGGACAAAACCGAUGGACGUUAGUCGGUUAUAGGAAAAAACUGACGAAAAACCUACAGACUUGAUAAUGUCAAAAAAUAGUGUCUCGGAGCACAAAGACCGACGGAUUCUGUCGAUUAAAAUUGAGGGAGUCCAUUCGCUAGGUAAAAUACACUAGAUUCGUUUUUACCGAAAACUAGAGAAAACUAAAUACGUCCAGUGUAGUGAUUCUUUUUUUUAAAUAGUUUCCGCGCAUUUUUCCUCAAAAAUAACCGAUGGACUUCCGUUGGUUUUCGUAAAAAACAAUAAAAAUUAAAAAAAAAAAUAGUGUCCCUCGAUUUUAUCCAUCGGUUUCCGUCCAUCGUUUUUUUCGCUUGUUUUUGGUAGUGACAACUUUUUUAGUUUCUGCUAUUUCUAAUUUAUUUCUAAAGUCUAGUGUAUUUUAUUUAGUCGAUGGAUUCCCUCAGUUUUAAUCGAUAGAGUCCGUCGGUCUUUGUGUUUCGAGACACCAUUUUCUGACAUUAUCAAGUCUGUAAGUUUUUUCCUAUAACCGAUUGACGUCCGUCAAUUUUGUCCCGAGGUAUUUGAUCAUUUCUUUAAUAAUGUGUACCUCUAAAUGUGAGUUCUCGCUAAUUUUUUCCUUUUUUUUUUUACAGUUCUAGUCAAAUCUAACAAACAGAGUUCGAUAAAUAGUUUGUCGGAGACUAAAACUGUUAACUUUUGGUGAACUUAAGGAACAAGUGCAUACUUAAGGGACUAUUUUUAACCAACCCUCAUAGUUAAGGGACCAUUUUGUCAACUUUUGGCAAACUUAAAGGACCAAAACCGUUAAUUGCAUAAUUAAGGGAUUAUUUUGAAUCUACUCUCAUAGUUAAGGGACCAUUUUUGUUAACUUGUAACAAACUUAAAGGACAAACCGUUAAGUGCAUAGUUAAGGGACUAUUUUGAACCUACUAUCAUAGUUAAGAGACCAUUUUUGUCCUUUUCUCAAGAAGACUUCUGCAAGAACUUUGAGAAGACUUUGUGAAGGAGCAAACUGCUAACCAACAAUGGCUGAUCCUGUAAUUGGUGCUACUGUUCAAGUUGUGCUUGAGAAGCUGCUUUCUCUCACUAUUGAGGACGCCAAAAGUUUAAGGAACUGCAAGAAAAAUCUCAGAAAGCUGACAGAAUAUGUAUCCUUGAUCCAAGCUUUGAUUCAUGAUGCUGAAAGACAAGUUGAGGAUCAGGCGGUGCAAGAAUGGCUCAAGAUGCUUGAGAGAGUUGCUGAAGAUGCUGAAUACGUGUUUGACAAAUUCAGAUAUGAAUCUCUCAAAGCAGAAGUUAUGAAGAUCCGAAACAAGCUAAUGGAAAAGGUCCGUAACUUCUUUUCUCAUACUGCUUUUAAGUACAAAAUGUCUCAAAAAAUCAACAACAUCACUGACAAGUUGAGGGAUAUCAAUCAGUUGGCCGGAGACCUUCGUCUCCAGUCACUGCCAGUUCCUUCUCGACAAAUACUACCAAUUCGAGAAACAGAUUCCGUAGUUGUUGCUUCGGAUGUUGUUGGUAGAGACCACGAUGUUACUGAAAUAAAGAGGAAGAUGUUGAACAUCAGAGAGGGCGUUGCUCUGUGCACCAUUCCCAUAGUGGGUAUGGGGGGCUUAGGGAAAACUACAAUGGCUAAGAUAAUUUUCAAUGAUGAGGAGAUCGAGAAACAUUUUGAUAAGAGAGUUUGGUUGUGUCUACCUGAAAUGUCAGAAACAAACAAGAGCUUUCUCGAACAGAUCUUCGAAUCAUUGACACGGGGGAAUCUUAAGGUCCAAAACAGGGAUACAAUUGUCAAGGAGCUCCAAAAAGAACUCGGAGGGAACAAGUAUUUGCUUGUCCUGGAUGAUUUGUGGCACGUUGACGAGACACUCUGGGUUGGGUUUGUGGAAACCUUGAGAGGAAUAAAUACCUCCAGAGGAAACUGCAUUCUCGUGACUACUCGUUUUAUACCGGUGGCAUCCACAGUAGCAGGAGAUCUUCAUAUGUUGGAAAAAUUAGCAGAUGAUCAUUGUUGGUCCAUUUUCAAACAAAGAGCAUUUGCUGAUGGGGAGUUUCCAGAAGAAAUGGUGAGCAUGGAAAAGACUCAAAAGAGGAUUGCUGAAAUGUGUCAAGGUCUACCGUUGGCUGCAAGUGUAUUGGGAGCCCUCUUAUGCAACAAGAAAAAACAUGAAUGGCAGGCAAUUCUUGACGGCAACCCCCUUGUUGCAGGUGAAAAUGAUAAUGGGGAGAAUAGAUUAAAGAAAAUCCUAAGACUCAGCUAUGAUUAUCUACCAUAUCCACAUUUGAAAAAAUGUUUUGCCUACUUUGCAAUGUUCCCAAAAGAUUUUGAGUUUGAGAAGGACCAGCUAAUCCAACUUUGGAUGGCAGAAGGAUAUCUUUGUCCAUGUAAAGACACCACAGUGAUGGAAGACGUUGGGAACAAGUUUUUUCAACUUUUGUUGCAAUAUUCCUUGUUGCAAGAUGUUAAGCUAGACGAACACAAUAAUAUAACACACUGUAAGAUGCAUGAUCUUGUGCAUGAUUUGGCUGGAGAUAUCUUAAAAUCUAAACUAUUUGAUCCGAAGACCGUCGGAGGAGAAAAUCUUUCUCAAGUUCAAUACUUUGGAUGGAACUCACCAAGUGAUAAAAUAGGUAAGGUAAAUGAGCCAAGGCGUUUGUGCACAUUGUUCUGGAGAGGCGAUAUAUCUAAAGAUAUGCUAUUGAGCUUUCAGUUCUUGAGAGUUUUAAAUUUGUCCAAGUCCAACAUCGAGGAGUUGCCCGCCUCAGUUGACAAGCUAAUAUACUUGAGAUAUAUCGAUCUCUCCAACACUAAGAUCAAAACCUUGCCCAACUCCAUUUGCAAGCUCUACAAUUUGCAAACAUUUAGAGUCAAUUACUGUCAAUCUCUCAAGGAGCUUCCUGAUGAGAUGGGAAAUAUGAUAAGUUUGAGACACAUAUAUUACAAAUCUUAUAGAGAUACUCCAAGUUAUGAGCACUUUCAGAUGCCACAUAAGAUGGGACAAUUGACUUGUCUUCAAACCCUACGGUUUUUCAAUGUGGGUUCAGAGAAAGGUCGUCGAAUAGAAGAAUUAGGUCGUUUGACGAACCUUAGAGGUGAAUUGUCGAUCAACAGUUUGCAAUUGGUCCAUAAUAAAGAAGAAGCUGGAAGAGCAUACCUACAGGAGAAACCAAAUAUUUACAAGCUGGCAUAUUUAUGGUACCGUGUUGAAUCACAAGGCUGUGAGAUCAAUGAUGAGUAUAUUUUGGAUGGUCUUCAACCGCAUCCUAACUUGGAAAACUUAGCGGUGGGGGGCUAUUUGGGAACUAGAUUUCCUUCGUGGUUCACUGAAGAAUUGCUACCAAAUUUGGUCAAAUUAAGAUUAAGUGGUUGCAAAAAGUGCAAGGAAAUUCCUUCACUUGGUCAACUGAAAUUCCUACGGCAUCUUGAGCUAAUAGGAUUCCAUGAGCUGGAAUGUGUUGGACCUGAAUUUUAUGGUGUUGAGGUUAGCAAUAUUGGAUCAAGCAGCAAUAACGCCAACGUCCAAGUGUUCCCAUUACUCAAAGAACUAGUAUUGCAGGAUAUGCCUAGGCUUACUGAGUGGAAGGGAGUGGAAUUGUUACCAACAGGAACUGGCGGUAGAGACGGACUUGGAGUGAGAAUAUUUCCUGUGCUUGAGAAGUUGAUCAUUGGUAAGUGUCCACUGUUAAAAAGCACUCCGAAUCAAUUUGAAGUCCUACGUAAAUUACAUAUUGAAGCAGUUGACAGUGAAAAGCCAUUGUUGAACUUGUGCAGCAACUUGACAUCUCUCGUAAAGCUUAGUGUCUGGGAUGUGAAAGAGCUCACUUAUCUUCCAGAUAAGAUGCUACGCAACAACUUUUCUCUUGAAUAUCUAAUGGUCUAUAAAUGCGGAGAGUUUCGUGAAUUGCCACAAAGCUUGUACAAUCUCCGUUCUCUUAAGAGCUUAGUGAUUGACCGGUGCCCCAAUUUCGGUUCCAUUCCUGUUCCCAGUGGAGAGAAUCAUUUGACUUCCCUUCAACAGCUUCUUUUGUGCUAUUGUGAUGGAUUGACCAGUUUACCAAGUGGAAUGCUAGAGCAUUGUCGGUCUCUGGAAUCUUUGUGGGUCAAGAGCUGUAACAACCUAGUUUCCUUCCCUUUACAUUUUGGGGAAAUGCCUUCACUUUCAUCUAUAGAUAUAUCAGAAUGCCCCAAACUGAAUAGUGUACCCACAGGGGGGAUUCACCGUCUCACUGGGUUAAGGUCUUUGCAUAUUGGUCCUUUCUCAGAGAUGGUGGAUUUUGAGGCAUUCCAAUUGAUAUUUAAUGGCAUUCAGCAGCUAUCGUCCCUUCGUACAUUGUGGGUUUACGGACGUGCGAACUUGGAUUCUUCUCUGCCCCAUCAGCUUAUGCAACUCUCUUCCCUAACAUGGAUCAAUAUAAUUGAUUUCGGAAUCGAGGCUCUUCCUCAUGGUCUUGGCAAUCUUACUUCUCUUGAAAGAUUAACCCUACGGAGGUGCAAACGGCUACAACAUGUGGACUUCAUCAUAAAUGCUAUGCCCAAAUUACGGAGUCUGUGGAUCCUUAAUUGUCCAUUGUUAGAAGCUCUGUCGGAUGGGCUCGGCAACCUUGUUUCUUUGGAAGAGUUACGUUUACUUUCCUGCGACAAACUAAAGUAUCUGCCAUCCAGAGAUGCCAUGCGACGCCUCACCAAAUUAAGGGAGCUGGUAAUUGAUGGCUGCCCAGAGUUAGAAGAAAGUUGCAGCAAUCGGAGUGGCCCAAACUCCCAGUGGUCAAAGAUUUCCCAUAUUCCAGAAAUUUGGGCCGGUGGGAGGAUAAUUCAGCUCUUAAAUCGAAGGCCACGCUAGAACGUUGCUGCGGUAUAUCAAGUCAAAAUCUGUUGGCGGCAAUGACGUCAGAGAACCACCACGUUUAUUUUGUUGAAGAGCAGACUCUUUCAUGAGAAUUUGGUAAAGACUACAUAAUCUCUCAACAUUUUACGGACGUGCGAACUUGGAUUCUUCUCUGCCCCAUCAGCUUAUACAACUCUCUUCCCUAAAAGAUAUUAGAAUAAUUGAUUUCGGAAUCGAGGCUCUUCCUCAUGGUCUUGGCAAUCUUACUUCUCUUGAAAGAUUAACCCUACGGAGGUGCAAACGGCUACAACAUGUGGACUUCUUAGAUGCUAUGCCCAAAUUACGGGAGCUGGCGAUCGAAGAUUGUCCAUUGUUAGAAGCUCUGUCGGAUGGGCUUGUUUCUUUGGAACAGUUAAUUUUAUCGAACUGUGACAAAUUACAGCAUCUGCCAUCGGAGUGGCCCAAACUAAGGAGUCUGGAAAUUUUUGGCUGCCCAGAGUUAGAAGAAAGUUGCAGCAAUCGGAGUUUGGGCCCAAACUCCCAGUGGUCAAAGAUUUCCCAUAUUCCAUAUAUUGGAGUCAAUUAUAGGACAAUUCAGGACUUAAAUCGAUGGCCACGCUAGAACGUUGCUGCGGUAUAUCAAGUCAAAAUUCGUUGGCGGCAAUUACGUCAGGGUUGCUUAUGUUUCACAGAAGAACCACCACGUUUAUUUUGUUGAUGAACAGACUCUUUCAUGUGCAUUUGGUACUUUGGUGAAGAUACUAAAGAAUAUGCAUGUGCUGUGCCGUUGAAUUCUGUUCAUGGGAUGAAGCUCAGAUAUUCUCAAUGAUGGUGGUAAACUAAAAUUGAGAUGCAGCUAUGCGGUAACUGUGGCACAAAGACAACAUGAAAGCUAUUUAGCGGUCUCCCUUGGGGAAGACCUGGGACUUGAAUGGAAUUUUUGACCAGUUUGAGGGGGCACUCAUCCAUUUGGUUGAAGGAUUUCUAUUCUGCUAAUUGGACCAAGAUUUCCGUUCAAAGCAUAUGGGCAGUAAUCACGUUGAGAAAAUUUUCAUUUAUACUUGGUAGAGGAAUGCUACAACAAGACUCCUUUUCUCAUGGCACUAUUUCACUGUUUAGCAAGGUUGACUAAUUUGAAGUGCACUGUUCUCUGAAUUUUGUUGAAGGACAACAUCUUCGGCUAUAGACUCAUUACUGGACUCUUUCAUGAUUAUUUGCAAUUUGUAGCAUUAAAAGUACAAAAUAGCGCUCGCUCAGCACUACACAGAGGCAGCAUUGGACGAAAUUACAAUUUUAAUGCAGAUUGCGGAAGGUGACCCAGACGGAGAAAAAAGUGUAGUGAAGUUACUGG